AUGAAGUCGAUCUUUGCCCUUGUCUUGGGUGUAGGCGUGGGUUAUGUUGCGGCACAGUCUUUGCCUGACUAUGUACUCACAUACGCGCCCCUAGUCUGGCUCGACGUCAACGAAACCUACUUCCCCGGCGACAUUUACGGCCAAGUCCGAAAUACCUMCCCAGCCGUAAACUACACCAGAAUCACCGGUUACACCACCCCUCUCACCCUCGACAAUCUCAAUCAACUCAACAAUUUCGGCAAUAAGAGCGUAUACCUGACUUCGAAUGAAGGCAUAGAGGCAUUUCCGGCGUGGUUUAACGGCACGCAGCCCAAUAAUGAUGGUGUUACUGAGGACGCGACGAGUUGUGCGAUUGUGACGGUUGAUCAUGGGGAUGGAACGCUGGAUGCAUUUUAUUUUUACUUUUAUCCAUUUAACAAGGGUGAUAUCGUGCUUGACUUGGUCUGGGGUGAUCAUGUCGGUGACUGGGAGCACAACAUGGUCCGAUUCGAAAAUGGCGAGCCACAGGCUCUAUGGUAUAGCCAACAUUCUAGCGGCGAGGCAUUCACUUAUGAUGCCGUCUCGAAGAUCGAUGGUAGACCAGUCGCUUAUUCUGGCCAAGGAACUCACGCCAAUUAUGCCAUUGACGGAGUUCACGACCACACGAUCCCCGGUGUCAGCCUUCCCUUCGGGCCAGUCAACGACUAUACCAGGAACGGUACACUCUGGAAUCCGGCCGGCAACUACUAUGCGUACAGCUAUGACAACAUCACUGCUGUAUUCACGGCCUAUGAUUCCAGCUAUCCCGUCAACUGGCUGUACUUCAACGGCCAAUGGGGUGAUAUCCAAGUUGCUAACCAGACUGGAAUCUUUGGUGAAUACGAGUACACCAGUGGUCCAAAUGGCCCCAAGUUCAAGAACCUUGUUCGCACCAAUGUGUGCCCUGACGGAGGCGAUUGCGAAGUACUCGAUUAUCUGUGGUACUAG